AUGACGGGCAGAAAAACCAACACGUCCAAGAGGCAGAUCUGGGAGCCCAAGCCGAUGGCCAAGGGCUUGAUGGCUCUCCAGACCAUGGCCGGCAGGGACAGCAAGAACCUGGAGGAGAGACUGUGCCGAGCCCAGCGCCGCCUCCGGCUGCCCGAGGUCGUCCCCAGCCACCCCGGGAAGAUGAGUAAACUGGACCUGGAGAGCCCCACCGGCCCCACGCCCACCCCGGAGGAGCAGGGGAUGGAGUUGAGCCUGCGGCCUGGCUGCCCACAGUUCAGCACCAGAGCCACGUCCACGUCCCAGUUCGAUUCAGCCACCAUGCUGGCCCUCCUCAGGGAGGAGUGCGUGCGCCCGGAGACCCGGAGGACGGAGGACCCGCUCCUGGGAGGACGCGUCUCAGACAUGACUGUGGACGGCCGCCCCCUGCCGCCCAGCAAGAGCCUCUGCGAGCUGAGUUACUUGCGGAGGUUCCAGGAGUCCCAGACCUGGAGUCGGAGCAGCAGCAGCAGCAGCCUGCAGGCAGCCCGGAGCCCCCAGCCCAGGAAGGUGCCCUGGUACAUCUCGGUCAUCCUCGAGAAGAUCCAGCGCCUCUCCAGGCUGGAGACCCAGGUCCGGAAGAAGGAGGAGGAGCUCCUGGCGCUGCAGGAGGAGAAGGAGGCCCUGAGGAGGCAGCUGAAGGGUCUGCUCCGGAGCAGGGGCCCCGAGGCGGCCACGUCCCCUCCCAGGAGGGGGCGGCCGUCGGAAGCCACGCUGAAGCUGGGCAGGCUGAGCAUCCUCAAGGCCCUGGACAGGGACGAGGAGGAGCCGCAGCCGCGCACUGAGAUGCAGGAGGAGAGCUCAGCGCCGCCGGCCGCCCAGGAGCCGGGGCUGGAGGGCGUCAAGGAGGAAGUCCCGGAGCCGGAGCCGGGGCCUGAGCGGGUGGAGCUCAGGAGACACAGGGACCAGGCGGGCCAGCACGGGGCUGCGCAGGAGAAGGGCCGUGAGGGAGAGGAGGAGGAGGAGGAGGAAGAGGAGGAGGAGGAGGAGGAGGUGGAGGAGGAGGAGGAGAGGGAGCUGACGGAGGAGGAGGACGUCUUCAGGUACCAGGCUUACUCCCUGACGGACACCUUCGAGGAGGAGCUCAUGGCCCAGCUGGAGGAGUACGAGCAGGCGAUCCUGGAGUUCCAGCGCGAGCUGGAGCUCACCAGGAGCAAGUACUCCCUGGCCACAGGAGCCAUCACGUGUCUGCAGCGCCAGAUGGAUUUCCAGGAGUCCCAGCUGCGAAAGACGCGCAUGGAGAACGAGGCGCUGCAGAAGGAGCUCCGGGAACGAAGCCAGCAGCUGCAAGCCAUGUCCGACAAGUUCUCCAGCCUCCGGGAGGACAAGAAACACCAGGAGCUGAUGGGGCUCACGGAGAGGGACAACCUCCUGCUCCGACAGCAAGUGUCGGAACUGGACAGCGAGCUUGCCCGGCGGGGCCUCCUCCUCGCAGAGCUGGAGGCCAAGGUCAGCGAGCUGCAGGCGCAGGUGGACCUGGGCCAGAACCACCUACACAGGCAGAAGCAGCUGUGGGAGGACCUGCAGGGCAGGAACGAGGUGACCCGGCAGGCGGAGCAGCAGGCCCGUGUGGCCCUCGAGAGCACCCAGGCCAGGCUCGAGAGGCUGAGGAAUAAGAUCCUCCAGGCCACCUUCAGCGUCACCGGGUUCAAGUCCCUGUCCAUGGAGAUCACCGACAGCGACAUCCUGGAAGCCCUACAGAGGAUCAUCACGGAGAGGAGCGACUUCCACACGCAGCUCAAGCAGAAGGGCGUCAAGGUGCCGCCGCUGCAGCAGUCAGAGGCCGCGCUGCCCAUCAAGUCCAGGAAGACCACGUCCAAGUAGAGGCCGCGCCAGGCAGCCCCGCGCGCCGGCAUUAAACCUGCUCUGGGCCGCAGCCCCCUGCUUCCUUCCUGGGAC